CCAAAUGGUCGGACUAUUGAAGUACCUGAGGAUGAAAUUGUUAGAACUCCCCGAAGCAUAACAGCAAAGCAGCCACCAGAAACAGACAAGAAAAAUGAAAAGUCAAAGAAAAAUAAGAAGAAAUCAAAGUCAGAUGCUAAAGCAGUGCAAAACAGUUCACGCCAUGAUGGAAAGGAAGUUGAUGAAGGAGCCUGGGAAACUAAAAUUAGUCACAGAGAGAAACGACAACAACGUAAACGUGAUAAAGUGCUGACUGAUUCUGGGUCAUUGGAUUCAACUAUCCCUGGGAUAGAAAAUACCAUCACAGUUACCACCGAGCAACUUACAACUGCAUCAUUUCCUGUUGGUUCCAAGAAGAAUAAAGGUGAUUCUCAUCUAAAUGUUCAAGUUAGCAACUUUAAGUCUGGAAAAGGAGACUCUGCACUUCAGGUUUCUUCAGGAUUGAAUGAAAAUCUUGCUAUCAAUGGAGGAGGCUGGAAUGAAAAGUCUGUAAAGCUCUCCUCGCAGAUGAGUACAGGUGAGGAGAAGUGGAACUCUGCUCCACCUGCUUCUGCAGGCAAGAGGAAGGCAGAGCCACCUGCUUGGACUCCAGACGGUCUACUGCUGAGCCCGUUUCUCAGUCUACCACUUCUGAUUAUCAGUGGGAUGUUAGCCGUAAUCAGCCCUAUAUCGAUGAUGAAUGGUCUGGGUUAAAUGGUUUGUCUUCUGCUGACCCCAGCUCAGACUGGAACGCACCAGCAGAGGAGUGGGGGAACUGGGUAGAUGAAGAAAGAGCUUCACUUCUGAAGUCCCAGGAACCCAUCCCUAAUGACCAAAGGGUUUCAGAUGAUGAUAAAGAAAAGGGAGAGGGAGCUCUUGCAACUGGAAAAUCCAAGAAGAAGAAGAAGAAAAAGAAGAAGCAAGGUGAAGACAACUCUCUCACACAGGACACAGAAGAGCUAGAAAAGGACAUUAGAGAAGAACUUCCCAUGAAUACCUCCAAAGCCCGUCCAAAACAGGAGAGAGGCUUUUCCCUGAAGACCAUGAGCACUAGUGACCCAGAUAAAGCACUGGGCAAAAAUAGCCAGCCUAUCAAGACUCUUCCACCUGCUAUCUCUACCGAGCCAUCUGUCACCUUAUCACAUGGUGACUCUGACAAGAGCUCUUCCCAAGUGCCACCGAUGUUACAAGACACAGACAAAACCAAGUCGAACGCUAAGCAAAACAGUGUGCCUCCCUCGCAGACCAAGUCUGAACCUAACUGGGAAUCUCCAAAACAAAUAAAAAAGAAGAAAAAAGCCAGACGGGAAACGUGAAUUUUUUUUUCCUGAAUUGGACAUGUGUUUACAAACACUGUCUUGAAGAUUAUGCUGUUUAUGCAAUAAUUUGUGAACAUGUACAGAGUUUUAUAUAAAUUUAAACCAAUUUUUAAAACAAAACUGAACACAACCACCAUAAAAUGGAAUCAAAGGAAAGUUAAUUUAUGAGAUGAAGAGGUCAACAGAAUACAUCCUACAGUGCUGGAGACACUUGGGAGAGUCUUUUCAAUUGAUGAAGAGUGAUCUUAACUGAAGAAUAUUAUCCUGGUUUUACAGCAGUUCCCUGUUUACAACAGAACAGAUUGUGCCCUGUCUCAUGUGCAGCUGAAGGACAGUGGAUUCUGAUUAGAAAGAAGGCCGCCUAGAAACCAGUGGGCAGCUCUUUGGAUCUUAUGCACGAACUUAGACCGUUUGAAUCUGUUUUUCGCUUAAAUCAAAGUGCUUUGAUCAAAUGUGUAAUCUGCCAUAUCUUUACAUAUUUGUUGUAGCAAUUUGUAUUAAAAGAAUCACAAGUGCAAAUAAAAAGUCAUUUAUCAUUUGUUUAACUAAACUGUCUUGGUUUAGUUUACAGUUCUUAAAAAGUUCUUAAUUAAAAUAUUGAAAAAUGCAAUUGACAAACGUAUGGCUUACAAAGUUAUUUUUGAUAGUCUUACAUUACUUGAAUUAUUCAAAAUAACAGUAUAUUUUAAAUUAAGAAAGGUAAACUAUAUUAUUUGUUUGGUAUGUUUAAGGCUGAGUAACAAAUAAUGCUCUUGUUGAUGAUUUGAAAACUUUCAGGCAAAAUUCAACUUAAUAUUUUUCCUUUCCCUAGCAAUUUUUCCAGUGUCAACUCUUAGUUGCUAGUAAUUUUUUCAUUUUAAAAUGAAGUAACUCACCACUUUUGAGCAUAUGAUGGAGAAUGGAAAAGUAGUCAGACAGCUUUAACUGAUGUUGUCGAGACCUCCAGUUAUCAGGAAUACAUUUUUUUACUGCCUUAACCUGUAGUGCGUAGAAUAUGCAUCAAUUUCUUGAAGGGGAUUCAUGUUUUUUAUAAGAAUUUUCAUGUAACUAUUGCAAUUGUGGUCAAAAAGGAACAUUUUCUGCUUGAAACUGUGUUGAUUUAAAUGACGUGUGAUCUGUCACCGUUUUCAGGCACUGUGUGAUCUCGAGGAAACUGGCAGGCCGCUCUGUAACUGUUAAUAGUGCAUGCUUGGCCAUGUACACUGUAAAUAGCCUUUACCAAACAUGUUUGACAAAGGACCAUAAUUAACAUCACUUAGUGAAUUGUGAUAAAGAAAAAAGCCAUGAUAUUGAUGUGAGUGGCUUGUUUUCGUGUGGCGCCGGGAAUGAACCUGUUUAAACGCUAUAACCAAUGGUACUGAUCCAUCCAUCAAAUACUGUCUUUAUAUUUAACUGUAGUUUAAUAGUAUUUUCAGCUAGGAAAGCUACCAGAUGUGAAAUGGUUUAGUCCUGCUGAAGACUGUCCUUGUUAACAGACAGACAGCUUUCCUCACGAGCGAUUAACAACUUCUUUAUCAGGUGUCAACAUCUGUGUCAGGAACAUGGCGGCGUGUUUACAUGUCUUCAGAGUUUUGUUUGAAUGGGGUUUCUAAACUAAUUGACUUGUUUAAAUAAAUUCAGAAAUGGAUA